AUGCGACUGGAUCUGAGAUGGGUAAUUCUGGCGAUGCUGGCUCUCAUCGUAGAUGCGAGAGAUGAACGAGCAUAUCGAGGAGGCAAGGCAGAAUAUCGGAAAGCUGAUCGAAAGGGAGAAACACAGUUUCAACAUCAGAAGACAAUCGAUGGGGCUGUGCUGGGAUGCUUUGGAUAUGUGGAUGGUCAAGGAAAAAUGUUCGUUACGCAUUACAUGGCAGAUCAAUCUGGCUAUCGGAGUGUUAGUUUAUCCGCUCCGGAUAAACUUACACAAGAUCGUGCAAAAUUGUUGAGGAAUGGUGAGGAAGGACCUGUUGCGGAUCUGUUUCCCGUCGAUUGUACAGAAGAGGGCGACGUAGGCAAACUGCAACGAAUGGCUGAGAAAAUAAAAAAAGAUUUUGAAAGUAACAACGAUGAUACCGCGACACCUGCUAGAAAUUCACCCUCUUACGAUAAUAAGGAGGGAGAAAGCAAACCUUUGAAAAACAAACCUAGUAAUAAUCCUGCGGAUCAGGAUUCUGCUUUGAAAACCGGAUCUUCGAGCCCAGACGCGGCUGUGGCUCAAAACAAGAAACAGAAUGUACGAUUGAUAAAUAUUCGGGACCCUGAUUCAUUUAGAAAGCCUUUAAGAGGAUCAGGAGAUGUGAAAAAACCGUCUUCUGAUAAAAAAUUGUCACCUAAAGGGUCAAAGGAUGUAUCAUCCGAGCCCAAAAAGGUUUCGGAAGCACCAACAUCAUCAAAGUCAGGACAUGAAUCUAAUCCAGAAAAUGGGAAACAAUCUCCAUUCAACUCCGAAUCAAACAAAAACUCUCCAGUUGAUAUGAAAUCAAGUGUUAAAGUAAAUGAAUUCAAACCAUCGAGGUUAUCGAAUAAGGUUGAACCGGAUUCUCUUAGCACACAACCUAGCAAUGAUUCGGAAAAACCAACUCAGUUCAAGAAUAGACCGAAGGAAUCUAAAAAACCGUCUGAAGACGAAAAUUCACCAAACACUAAAAAAGCUUAUCAGGAUGUCAAGCAAGACUUGAGUGAAGAUUUCAAGGAACCUAAAGAAUCGAUGACUACCAAUUCAGAUCAAAAAAGUUCUCCGAAAACACCACCUAAGAGCGAAACAAAUGAAAGCCUUAGCCCAUCGGAUCUCUCAAAGAAGGAUCCAAAAUUGUCUGAACGACCGAUAAUAGUUGAGGACGUACCUGGAGAUGAGCUAAGCGAUCAGAUCCCAGAACAAGAGACGCAAAGUUUGAGUGAAGAUCCUGAGCCAAGUCGUGGAAAUAACGAACCUCUUAACGCACAGUCCAAGAAUGGACCAAAUGCACUACCCAAGAAAGGUUCUGAGAACAGUGAUAAGUCGUCUGUUCAAUCUAAGAAGGAUCCGAAGGCAUCGGAUAAACCGUCUAAAGAUGCAGAAGAAACCGAUGAUCAGCAAAACGAUCAGCAAUCCGGGGAUGGAUUGAAUGAGGAUCCCAAAGGUUCGAAGCAAUCCCCCAAGUCAUCGAAGAAACCAGUUCAAUAUGGUCGCGAAUCACCAAAAGCACAACCCAAGAGAGGUUCCGACAAGAAUGAUAAGCCGUAUGAUCAAUCCAAGAAGGAUCCGAAGUCAUCGGAUAAACCAUCUGAAGACGAAGAUGCAAACGACGAUCAGCAAGACGACCAGGAUUCGGAGCAGAAUAAAGAUGGUUUGAAUGAGGAUCCCAAGGAUUCGAAGGAAUCUCCCAAAUCAUCGAAGAACCCAGAACAAGAUCAUCGUGGAACGCCAGAAGCACAACCCAAGAAAGCUUCCGACAAAAAUGAUAAGCCGUCUGGUCAAUCGAAGAAAGAUCCAAAAUCAUCAGACAAACCGUCUGAAGAUGACGAUGAAACCGAUGAGCAGCAAGACGACCAGGAACAAAAGCAGGAUGAGGAUGAAUUGGAUGAGGAUACCAUCAAUUCGAAGCAAUCUCCCAAAUCAUCGAAGAAAUCAUCGCAAGGUGAUCGUGGAUCACCAAAGUCACAAUCCAAGAAAGGUUCUGAUAAAGGUAGUAAACCAUCUGGUCAAUCCAAGAAAGAUCCAAAAUCAUCGGAUAAACCGUCUGAAGACGACGAUGAAACCGAUGAUCAGCAAGGCGACCAGAAACCUGAGCAGGGUAAGGAUGAAUUGAAUGAGGAUCCCAAGGAUUCGAUGCAAUCCCGCAAAUCGUCGAACAAACCUGGGCAAGAUGAUAAGCCGUCUGGUCAAUCCAAGAAAGAUAAAAAAUCAUCGGAUAAACCGUCUGAAGACGACGAUGAAACCGAUGAUCAGCAAGACGACCAGGAAUCAGAGCAGGAUAAAGAUGGUUUGAAUGAGGAUCCCAAGGAUUCGAAGCAAUCUCCCAAACUGUUGAACAAAUCUGGGCAAGAUGAUCGUGGAUCAUCAAAAACACAACCCAAGAAAGGUUCCGACAAGAAUGAUAGGCCGUCUGGUCAAUUUAAGAAAGAUCCGAAGACAUCAGACAAAUCGUCUGAAGACGAAGAUGAAACCGGGGAUCAGCAAGACGACCAGGAACCAGAGCAGGACGAAGAUAAAUUGAAUGGGGGUACCAAGGAUUCGAAGCAAUCUCCUAAAUCAUCGAAGAAACCAUCGCAAGGUGAUCGUGGAUCGCCUAAAACACAACCCAAGAAAGCUUCGGACAAGAAUGAUAAGCCAUCUGGUCAAUCAAGGAAGGAUCCGAAGUCAUCGGAUAAACCAUCUGAAGACGAAGAUGUAAACGAUGAUCAGCAAGAUGACCACGAACCAGAUCAGGAGGAAGCUGGAUUGAACGUGGAUCCCAAGGAUUUGAAGGAAUCUCCCAAAUCAUCGAAGAAACAAGAACAAAAUGGUCGUGGAUCACCAAAAGCACAACCCAAGAAAGGUUCUGAUACAGACAAUAAACCGUUUGGCCAAUCCAAGAAUGAUCCAAAAUCAUCGGGAAAACCAUCUGAAGAUGACGAUGAAACCGAUGAUCAGCAAGACGACCAGGAACCAGAGCAGGACGAAGAUAAAUUGAAUGAGGAUCUCAAGGAUUCGAAGCAAUCUCCCAAAUCAUCGAAGAAACCAUCGCAAGGUGAUCGUGGAUCGCCUAAAGCACAACCCAAGAAAGCUUCCGACAAGAAUGAUAAGCCAUCUGGUCAAUCCAAGAAGGAUCCGGAAUCAUCGGAUAAACCAUCUGAAGACGAAGAUGCAAACGAUGAUCAGCAAGAUGACCACGAACCAGAUCAGGAGGAAGCUGGAUUGAACGAGGAUCCCAAGGAUUCGAAGGAAUCUCCCAAAUCAUCGAAGAAACCAGAACAAAAUGGUCGUGGAUCGCCAAAAGCACAACCCAAGAAAGAUUCUGAUACAGACAGUAAACCGUUUGGCCAAUCCAAGAAUGAUCCAAAAUCAUCGAGAAAACCGUCUGAAGUCGACGAUGAAACCGAUGAUCAACAAGACGACCAAAAACCUGAGCAGAGUGAGGAUGAAUUGAAUCAGGAUCCCAAGGAUUCGAAGCAAUCUCCCAAAUCAUCGGACAAAACAGGUCAAGAUGAUCGUGGAUCAUCAAAAGCGCAACCCAAGAAAGGUUCGAGCAAGAAUGAUAAGCCGUCUGGUCAAUCCAAGAAGGAUCCAAAAUCAUCGGAUAAACCGUCUGAAGACGACGAUAAAACCGAAGAUCAUCCAGACAACCAGGAAUCAGAGCAGGAUGAAAGUGGAUUGAAUGAGGAUCCUAAGGAUUCAAACAAAUCUCCCAAAAUCUCAAAUAAGUCAGAUCAAGAUGAUCUUGAAUCUCAAGAUGUACUCAGUUUAAUCAAGCUUGGGUCGCGAACCGAUGCUGAAAACACUGAUCUGCAUCCAAGAAAGGAUUUUUCAAAACCGGCUACACAGCGAUUUAGUCCUGUUAAGAAAAUGUCCGAUAAAAACUCAAUGUUGGAUCCAUCAGGUGCUACUCCUCAAACGAAACCCAAGACGUCGUCGGUUCCUGAUGUAUAUCCUGCACCACCUUUUGAAGAUGAAUCUCCAUUGUCCUCGAAUCAGGCGAAGCCUAGCGACUCAAAUGACGUUCUGGGGACAAUCAGUAGAGUACUUCCAGUAAUUCGUGAUUCAGCAGAUACGCAACCUCUCGGUAGUUCGAACAAACCAAUGAGCCCUUCUAAAGCUUCUGUCACAUCUGCCAAUGGUGAUGUGUAUGAUGAAGUGGAUGACGAAGAGGACACCGAUGCGGUUGAUGCAGCUAUAUCUGAUAAACAGCAGCCAAAUGAAUCCGAAACAUCGAAUCCAGAAUCUCCACAGUCACCGGAAUCUGGAAGUUGUAUUGAAAUCAUCCUGAAGGUGCCUGCAGAUGCUAGGCACGUAAUUGUGCGAACUGAAAAUCCGAAGUUCAAAUCCCAGGAUGGCACCUCAUUGAACGACUUGGUUAACAAGAUAGCACCAGGCGUGUAUGACGUACAAUUGGUUAAAUUUGACAAGGUAGUGUUUGAAAAAUACGACAAACCCACCUCGGAGCCGCAAACUGAAGCUCCAAAUAAUCUUGGUAAAUCGUUCAACUAUGAUGAAUUGAUGCCGAAAUUGAAAGAUUCCAUGUUUAAAAAACGUGUCCCUGAAGACAGUGUCAAUGCGUAUCUACCUAAAAUCGAUGACCCAGUAGAACAAACAGCACAGAAUAAAGCUGCGUCAUCGAACCAGAGGCGUAUUCCGGAUCGGUUCUUAGCUAUGGGACGACGAGGAUAA